AUUCAUUCAUUCCACAGUCACGCGCUGAACCGCCGAUACGUAGUACAUUUUGACGUUUCUCGGUAUAACUUGAAUCAUCGGUUGUUGAGUCAGUGCAGUGUAGCAGGAAAGUGAUGGUAGGCUGGGUGCCCGUGUGACCCAUUGGUGUUAUGCACGCCAUGAGCGACCCUUCGGCCCUGGCUGGCAUGUUACCCUUUGACUCUAUUGGACUGUACGAACAGCCUAAACCCAGAUUUAUCUUCAAGAUGCCGCGAGUGGUUCCCGAUCAGAAGGCGAAAUUCGAAUCCGAUGAUCUCUUUAAAAGGCUGAGCAGAGAGAGCGAGGUACGAUACACGGGCUACCGCGACAGGCCGCCAGAAGAGCGCCAAAUGCGGUUCACCAGCGGGUGCCGCGAGGGCCACACCGAGAUCGCCUUCACCGCCACCGGCACCAACCUGCAGCUGGUCUUCGACCACUCGCCCUACAACAACCGAGGCUGCGACUUCCAGAAGGAGAACGGCAAGGCCCACAUAGUCUCCAAGUUCAUAAUGAAUGGCGUGUGCGUAAGAUGGCGAGGUUGGAUUGACUUAGAGCGGCUGGACGGGGUCGGAUGCCUAGAGUUGGACGAAGAGCGUGCGGCUAUUGAGGAUGCAGCGCUACGCGACCAGAUCGAGCGGUACAACCAGCGGCUGCGGGACUUCGAGGAUAAACAGCGCGUAUACCGCGAGCACGGUGACGACUUGCGCGCGCACUCGCACGCGCACGCGCAGCGAUGCCAUCAGGCGCGCGCGCCGCCGCACGCAGCGCACGUCGCGCACCCCCACCCGCACCCGUCGCACCCUAUCCACAUGAAGUCCCAGGGAGCUCUCAUCUCGUAAACCAAUAAGCCGAGGAUAUAUCCUACAAUUUUGGUGUAGUUUGUAAUGUUCCUCAAAGAAUGAAGUUGGACAUAUACGCGUAGCGAAUGCUAUCAAGAUCACCUAAUUGCGUCCUCUAAAAUAAUUAUUAUUGUAAUUGUGAUGAAACUAUAACAUUCGAUUUUUUACAAAACAGUAAUCUUCUAGUAGGAAUAUUCUCGUCUUUAUAAACGUAGCACCAAAAGUCUGACUGUGAGUCAUGUAAUAAGAGUAUUACCAUAAGUAUUGAAGAAUUAACAAAUGCCAUCGUAUUAUAAGAUAUUACGAUAACACCCCACUCGACUACUCAAAUUGAAUUAGAUUACUUACUAAUAGCGAUCUACGUAUUCGUUUCAGUCACCAAUGCAGAUCCAUUUGCUGUGUUGAUCUAUUGAUAAGGAAUUUAGUUUAAUUUUCGGAAGGAAAUAUAAUAUCGUAUCGAGUACUAUAAAGGACGUAAACGAUGGUAAUAAAGACAAAUAUGUACCUUACAGGUACAUGUCCCACUCCAAAUAAUAGCGAGGAUAUGUAUAGAAGAAAUGAAUUAUGACAUUUCGCAAAAUCUGCAAUGUUAGAUUAUAAUUUAAUUAACACGAUUCUUAUUAAAUGAUAAAAUAACAUAUACCUAAACUACUUAUAAGAGUUCUGGUUAAAGUAAAUAUUGUGUAAAAUUGUAUAAUUUUGCUACUUAAUUAAAUCAAAGUAUCUGUUCUUGUUUACUUUGUGUUAUAUUAUGUUAUUUAUUUUUAAGGAAAUUGUAUUCAUACAAGGAAAAACAUUAAUACAAUUUUUGUGAUAGUAAUGUAAAUAAAACCUAAUGGUAUUUUAAA